AUGUUACCUGCGAUUGUGGGUUUUUCAAACACACCAAUCCAUUUGAAACCAGAUUAUUGCGUUACAGAUGCCCACAAGAUCAAUAUCGGUGCUAAUGUGGAAUCUAAUGGUCAGAACAAGAAAACAGUGGUUUGCCCUAAUGAACCUUUUAAAGGAAUGAAUUAUACAAGCGCAGGAAAAACAGGAAUUCAAGGACGCCAGUUUUUGGUCUGUUUUACUGGCAAUCACAACGAUGUAGACAACAGAACCAAGACAAUAUUCAUUUUAUCGGAUGAAGAUUUUGAGUUUAAAUUAAUUUCGAAGUUUUCUACACAGCUGUUUAAUGAAGUUAUGGCACCAAGGAGAAAUGUGAAAGAAAUUAACGUUUCAAAUUCGAUUGCACUUUUAUACAACAAAAUCGAAGAAAAAGCACUGUUGAUCGAGACUUCCAGAGACGCAUCCGUUAUCAUUAUUGAUAAUGAUAUCCUUUCAUCUGAUAGCACUAGCAUUUUACCAAUGAAGACGAUAUCUAAUUCAUAUGUUAUUUCUUCACCCAAAAUUUUCAACAAAACUUCACAAAGUUCACAGUUUGCAAUAACCACACCAGAGAACGGUACCAUAAUCAAAAUUAAUUUUCGUUUUUAUCCUGAUUUGCCGAAAAAGAUAGAUGGGGUAACUUACCAAAAUGGCAGUGAAUUUAUUCUCGUUUUAAAUGAGCUUCAAACCUAUCAAAUAUGGCACAGGGUUGACAUGUCAGGAACAUUAAUUGUAGCAAGCUCGGCUAUCGCCGUUUUUUCUGGAAGUCACUGCCAUAAAGUACGUUUUGAAAACAGCACUGAUUUUGGAGCUUGCAGUAAGCUUGAUGAACAACUUCCACCAGUUGAUAGACUGGAUAAAAUGUAUAUAGUCCCACCUAACUAUAAUAGGGAGGGGACAUUCCUGAAAAUUAUAUCUCCUUUCGAAACUCGUCUUACAUACAAGAUUGGAAAUGAACAAAAAGAGAAAAUACUUCAUCCCAGUGGAUAUUUUGAAAUAAUAUUUUCGGAUCAAGACGUCGUUGUCAUAGAUUCAGAAAAACCGGUUUUGGUCACCAGUUUUGCCACUGGGUCUGACGACAUGGGGACCCUUACAUGA